ACGUACCCACAUAGAGAGAGAGAAUCAAGAAAGGAGAGAAUCAAGAAAGGGAGAGGGAGGAGGGAGAUGGCGGAUUCGAGCGAUUCGGUGUCGAUAGACAUGGAGACGUACUCCCCGCGAGGAAAGGAGCACCUCAUAAGAACCAGUCAAGGUCUAGUGUCGGUUGCAGUAUUUGGAGAUCCAGACAAGCCAGCCCUCGUGACUUAUCCUGAUUUAGCACUAAAUUAUAUGUCUUGUUUCCAAGGACUAUUCUUUUGCCCAGAAGCAUAUUCUCUACUGCUUCACAACUUUUGUAUAUAUCACAUUAGCCCUCCUGGGCACGAGUUAGGAGCUGCCACUAUGAGCCCCGAUGAUCCUGUUCCCUCUGUUGAUGACUUGGCAGAUCAGGUUGCUGAGGUUCUCAACUUCUUUGGGCUUGGAGCUGUGAUGUGUAUGGGGGUUACAGCUGGAGCUUACAUCCUAACACUUUUUGCUAUGAAAUACAAGCACCGGGUUAGUGGUCUUAUACUUGUUUCUCCUCUAUGCACAGCACCAUCAUGGACAGAAUGGUUGUUAAAUAAGGUGAUGUCAAAUUUGCUUUAUUUCUAUGGCAUGUGUGGAGUGAUCAAAGAAUUACUGCUUAAGAGAUAUUUUAGCAAGGAGUUGCGUGGUUGUGCCCAAGUACCAGAGUCAGACGUAGUUCAAGCCUGCAGAAGGUUGCUGGACGAGAGACAGAGUUCUAACGUUUGGCGCUUUCUUGAGGCAAUUAAUGGGAGGCCAGACAUAAGUGAAGGGUUAAGAAAAUUGCAAUGUCGCUCGCUUAUCUUUAUAGGUGAGCACUCUCCGUUCCAUUCGGAGGCAGUUCACAUGACUUCGAAGAUGGAUAGAAGAUAUAGCGCGUUAGUAGAGGUUCAGGCAUGUGGAACGAUGGUAACUGAGGAGCAGCCUCAUGCCAUGUUAAUACCGCUCGAGUAUUUUCUCAUGGGAUAUGGCCUGUACAAGGCUUCAAAAGUAAGCGUCAGUCCGAGGAGCCCUUUGAGUCCGUCGUGCAUUUCUCCGGACCUCCUAUCCCCUGAGAGCAUGGGCUUGAAAUUGAAACCAAUCAAAACACGGAUCUCUCUGGAAGUCUGAAAGGAGAUGGGAGUGGAAGGUGCUGUCUUGCCUUUUUCUUUUUUUUUUUUUGUAAUUUACAUACUUCAAGAGUACCCAUUUUCCAUUGAAUUGGACUGUAAUGGUAUAGGAUCUAGAGUGUAGAUAAAGAGAAAGAA